AUGUCACUCUCCAGGUUGAUGGAGUUAUAUCUUGAUAUGCCUUAUGAUGAAGAAAAGGACAAUGCAGAUAAGGUGUGCAAUCUGCUUGGAAAUGAAAGAAUCAUAUCAGAGUUGAACAAAAGAGCAUCAGAUUCAGAGGACAAUCUUCUGUCUGUUUCAUGGUCCAUGGUCUUCGAUUACUGCAAGCUCUAUUUUGAGAAGGAGAUAGAAAAGCAGCAAUUGGAUGCAAAUAAGAGUGUAAGUCUUGCCACUCGAGAAUCAGCACGUCGCCAAUGCUCCUCAACACUUACAGCUGUCAUUGACACUGCCUGCAAAGGCAGCCCGAACUUGUCUCUUGAUCAGCUCUUUUCUCUCAUUGAAAUGGGAGAUCAUUCACCUUUUGUAUUGCACAACUUUGGUGAUUUAUUUACCCUUGUUCUGGUGAAACACAUCUUAGGAAAGCCUGUCUACUAUUCCAAGAUUGAGUUGAAGAAAUAUCAAAAGCUGCUGAAGAGGUAUAUCUCAAUGUAUGAGCAUUUGCCAGAGCGGCUCAGGAAAUCAGAUGUUGCAUCUGCCGUUCAGCUGCUUAUUCAUCGGAGUUGCAGCAUGAAACCAAUGGAAUCCUAUAUGCCAUUGCACUUGUUUCCAUUCUAUCGAACUGCAUUCCAAGAUCCCCAUUUGGUGGAUGAUUUUCAUUUGAGUGAAGCCUUGGUAUCUGGUCUGCUUUUGUUUCUGGAGAGGGUUGCUGUGUCAUGCCGACAUCAGGUGUCCAGCUUGGCCCAGGAUAUCUUGGUUCCAUUGCUGCGCAUCACCAGGAAGGACUACCAAGGCCGUCUCAAGGAUGCACUUGUCACCAGCAAUCCCCAUAGGGAGACUUUGUGUGGCAACUGGCUGCUGCUGAAUGGUGGAAGAAGCAUCUCAAAGGAGAGUGUGUAUCGAGUCCUUCGGCUGCUUGUUAUCAUCCAUGCCCCAGAGACAGUCCAUAGUUUUGACCGGGCCAACCCAUGGUGUCGACUUCUGUUGAAGAUCUACAAUUUCCUCUUUCGCACCCUUGAUUCCUUGACCAGUGUGACUCAACUCUCUAACAAUUUCCUUCAACUGACAUCAGAUGUCUUUGCCCUGAUGUACCAGUAUGGUCAUGGAGAUGGAGAUGGUGGGGCAUUGGAUGCAACUGACCUGGAUCUGACAACUCUCUUGGAUUCCACCAAGCCAUCCAAGCGCAGGAAGGUGGAAAUCAAACUUCACGUCCUUCUUGACAUGAUCUCUGAAAACAUCAAGCGCCCACACAUGAUUUGGGUCUGGUUGAAAGUAUUGGAGAGCCUGUUGUGUAAUCACCCAGAGGUAUUGGGUGAGAACCUUUCUCUUUUCGUGGACAUCCAGGCAGGAUUGUUGAUGGUCAUGAAUGAGGUCACCCUUGAGACUGCUCUGGGUACUUGCAUGAUGUGUCUCUCCUUGCUUGCCAGCUACCUUCAUACGAAGAAGCUUGGGUCUUGUGUCUCUGGUUACGGAGCUACUGCCAUGAAUUCUUACUGGCAGUCCUCAUAUGAUAUCACAUUCAGGAGGGUGAUGGCAGGAACCAACUUGGAAGAGGGGCACAAGUUGCUCUGCACCCUUUUAAAGUGUGAAUUGGCAGGCGAUUAUUACACUCUCCUUUCCCUCUACACAUCAUCCAAGAUGUCUGUGAAUCCUGCCUCUCUCUUGACUCUGUACACCCUCCUCUCUGAAAUGCGGGUUCCUCCACACCCACCGCAAGGUGCUGCAGUCUCAUUGGGAAGACCACAGAAAACUGUGCAUGUUAUUUUGCACUGGCUCCUCUUCCAGGACUCCAAGCUCAUGCCAUGUGGGUGUCCUUGGUAUAAAGAACACCUAAGGAAAGCUGCCAAACUUGUGCUUGUGUGCAUUGCCAAAAAUCAAACCAAAGCCAAGGACUUGCUAUGUGAUUUUCCUCAUGAUGAUAUGGGAAGCAACAAUGAAAGCUUGAUGGAUCUUGCACGGAGGAUCCAUCUGACCAAUUUCAUCAUUGGAUAUCAUCCAAAGAAGAAACAGGGUGAUGGAGAGGAGAGUGUAAUGAUUCAUGUGGAUCCUGUGAUGGUGACUGCAUUGCUCAAAGAGGUGGAUGAAAUGGUGCGAGAGUUCAUGGCAGAUGUAGCUGCUGUGGAAGUUCCACACACUGUCAUAUGUCUCUGCUUCCUUCUCUGUCAUCUUCUUUGUCUUCUGCUUCAGCAUGGAGCACUGGCCAAGGAUGACUUGUCCACUCAUCCGAUUUCCCAGCUUAUUCAUCAUGUUUUGGGAAAAGUGAGUGAUUGCCUCCACGAAAUGGCAAGAGGGGAUCUGGAUAGACUCCUUGUUACUAUCCAAUGCAUGGCAGUUGUCUCCUCAUCAUUUGUGCAAUGCAGGGUGGAAAUUCGCACCAGUGUAUGGCAUGCUGCCAUUCCCUUGUCUUUCUAUUCCAGGCUUUUCAAGAUCUUCUCCAGCUCUUCAUUUCCUUCCUUAAGUGGCCAAGAGAAGCAAGAUAGGGAGAGGACAAUCAAGAAAGUGAAGUGGACUGCAUUGGAUAUCUUGUCUUGGCUCUGUCACUCAAGCUUGCCUUCUAAUUCUGAAGAUACUCAUGAAGAACUUAUUCAUACUCUUGAUGAAGAACUUAUUCAUUGCUUGCGCUCCUUGGACUCUCCUUGCUUCACAUCUCGGGAUAUUACAGACCAGGUACUGAGGUCUUUGGAGGUAAUACUCCAGCUUCCCUCCCCCUCCUCAGGAUUCAUCACAGAGCUUUUGCUCCUCCUGCAGAAGCUCUGCUGCACUCUUUACAAGAAUCCCAACAUGAUGCUAAAGUUGUUGGAUGUUUUCAGCUCAGCCCUGAAGCUUAUGCAGAGGGUAGGUACGCAAAUGGAUAGAGAGAACCUGGCUAACUUCAUCACAAAGAUUAUAAAGCUGACACUCCAGGACUCCUAUCCAUCAGCUGUGGCUCUGAAACUCAUUGAUGUCCUCUGUCUUGGUCUCCAGCUAGGGUGGAAAGAAGAGUGCUUUGAGGAACAAGGCCAUGCCAUCUUGCAUCUACUGGAGCAGUCAGGAGAGAGCAUGAGCCUUCAAAGCCACACAGUACAGCUACAUGUUGUGGAGGCAGUGUCAUCCAUCUUCAGACACUCUGAGGCAGCCAACCAUCUCCACUUGUUUCACACCCUGACUGCACAUCUUAGCCAAAUUGUUGCCAACAAAGAUGUUUAUGUGAGAGGCCAAGGAGGAGAUGACUUACUGCAGGACUUGAAUCACAAUGCAGUAUCCCUUCUGAUGUUGAGUGUCUCCUAUGUGGCAAAGGAGAGUCUCAUCCUUCGCCCUCAUGCUUUGCUCUUUCUCAUCCAAAAUCUAGAAAAGGGGAUGAAAUACAUGGCAUGGAUGUUGGGAGUGGAGGAGGAAGGAGAACUCUUCCAUUUCUAUGGGGAUUUUUUGUUCCCUAAAUGGUUCAAGGAUGGCCAAAACAUCUCUCAGUUUCCCUUCUUCUUGACGGGUGCCUGUACCAUGGUCGACUUUUUGAAGGAGUACCUUACUCAACUCCUUCCAGUUGCCUUUUGGCAUGGCUCAAAUGAUGAACUCAAAUGCAUCUCAGAAUUCAUUUCUACUCCAAUCUCUGAUAUCAUGAAGGACCACUUGAUAAGGCUGGAAUCCCACCUUCUACCAUUAUUUGCUGCCCAGAAGCAGGGACUCACAGAGAAACAUCAGAUUUCCCUAGAGAAGGUGCUGCAUGCAUCUCAACUGCACAAGAAGCUGGAAGAAGCUCUUGGGAAGGAAGAGGUGAAUCAAAUCCUCAGCAGGUCUACACAUGAUCUCAUCUUGAAUAUCCUGGACCUUCAUUACCCUGAGGGAGAAGGGUCCAAGUCCAACUUCCUUCCUGCACCUCCAUCACACUCAAUCAGUUCAGAAAUUGUGUCAGCAACUCUGGAUUACUUAGCCCAGCAUACAGCAUCAUGCAAUGGGAACCUCAUCUCAUUCCUCACCAGAGAUCCCUUCUUGCUUACAGGCAUCCUGAUGUCACUGAGCACCCGACUGCGAAAGGCUGGAGACCCAUACCAGUGUCUUUGCUGCUUGCAUCGAUUUGGUAUAUUUGCUGAACUACUUUUGAUGCAAUUUCAGUCUGGAUUGAGAGAAAAUGAGGAACUGAUCUUUGGAGUCAUUCUUCAAACAUUGGAUUCUGGGCUUAAAUAUGCAUCAUUGCGGACUCUCGACACAGCUAUGGAGAAGUCCCUUAACCGUGAGAUCUGCUCAUCAAUCUUGAGUUUUUUUAACCAAAUGUCCAAAAUGGUUACCUCAGAUAAGUUCUGGAAGACUUUCCCACAAAUUGCCAACACCAUCAUUGAGAUGCAAAGGAAUGAACCAAGUUUGCAGGUGGAGGCAUUACAGACCAUUCACACAGUGGCAUCAAGAAUCAGUGACUGUGCUAGGGAUCUCGCUCUUUCACUCCCUGUUGAGGUCUGUGCAGAGAUUAAGGAGACUAGGAAGGUAUGGGAUGCGGAACCAUUAUGUGACAUCAUUCAAGCUUUCCUCCAAGUCCCAGUGUCAUCAGACAGUCUCAGGCGUCUGCGAGCUUAUCUGUGUGACCAGAAGGUACAGGUGGUGGAAUUGAUGAAGGAAAUUCAUAAGACAGGUGCUUCCACUCCAGAUUCCAUUUCACUUCAUUGCCUCAUCUCCUCCCUCCUUGAGUUUCUCUCAUCACCCCAUCAAGAUGUAUCAUAUGAAGCAGCCAGAUGCCUUGGAGAACUGGGUACUGGAGACCUUGCCUCCCUGCUUGUGAAGAGGACUCCUUCUGUCUCCAGUCUGGCCAAUAAAGACCAGACACCUGAGAGGGACUUGUAUGCAUGCAUUUUCAAGCUGAUUACACAGGCCUUGUUUCAGUCAGGACCAUCCAUGUCCCUGAUGGCAUUCUGCUCUCUUCAGCAGAUGCUCAUGUCUGGCAGAGCUAGUCAAGAACUUGCACAAUUGGUGGCUGAGAAAGACAACAAGGAACUGAGGAUCCUGAAGGGUCUGGUCACCCAGAGAGUAACUGAAAUCUUGGAACCGUCUCCCAAAUGGCAAGAAAUAGAGCAACAGCUCUCUCGAAUGGAAUUGUGGACAGGAGAAGGGAAGACACACUCAGAAUGGGUCCAAGAACUACUUGAUGUGAUCCUAUCUUGUUCAACUGAUAUCUUUGGAGACCCCCAACUUCUUCACAUGAGAGAUGUAUGUAGGCAGGCAAUAUCAUAUGGAGAAAAGUUGUUGCCCCAAAUCAUCAAGGCUGGGGUGGGGAAAGCAGAAAAAAAUCUCCGUCCCCUGGUUGUGGCAGGUCUCAAUGCCUUCCUUGCUCAUCAUUGCCAAUUUCGCAAUUCCACUGAAAUCCAGUCAGCCAGUACACCUUUCAUGGCCGCCUCUACCCUUAUCGAUGGGGAAGAAGAACCAGUGUUUGGGAGUCGCAGAUCUGUACAGCUGGUUCUGUCCAUCAUCCAGUCUUUGAGGGAGCAGACUCUUAUUCCCUUCAAGAAAGAAGGGAACACUGAUGGGCAAGAAGAGGAGAAUGAUAAGGAUUUAAAGUUCCUCCUGGACUUUGAUUAUCUCAAGGCAUCUUUGGCAGCCCAGUACUGCUCCUCACAUUUCCUCAGUCUUCUCUUCCUGGAGAUCUGGUGUGAUUUGAGGCUUAGGAAGGAAUGGGAAGGUGGAAGUGAGAGUGAGGGUAGUUCUCCAAUGGAAACGUUGUCAUCUCUGCAUGAGGAUGAUUGUCGCCUGUUGCAGAAGCUCCUCCUCAAGGCCUUUACUGGACUUGGAGACACUGAUGGGCUGUAUGGAUGCCUCCGAGCAGCACAACUUUCUGAUUCCUCUUCCUUUAUUCAUAUCUUGAAACUUGAGGAGAAGUGGCCUGCCCUUCUUGCAUUGUAUGACCAGAAGCAAGACAUCUCAGGCAUGGGUGAGACACUUCGCCAAAGUCGCCUCUAUCAUAACUUGAGUCGUUACAUGGGACAGGAGAAUGGAGACACUUCUCCAGAGUCUUUAGAGAUGUUGUAUGAAUGUGCUUGGCGUCUGGGUCAGUGGGAAAGCAGUGUCUCGGCUUCUGCAGCCCCUCAAUUUCCUGGUUUCCAUGAGAGUCUCUUUUGGGCUCUUAAGAGCAUCUGCCUGAGUGAUUCUGAGAACCUUAGGUAUCAGCUAAGCAAUCUGCAUGCUGCGAUUGCAGAGUCCUCCAAGAGGCUUAACUUUGAAGCAUGUGCCAAUGUAUACCCAGUGAUAAGCCAAUGCCAGGUUUUGGAAAAGCUUGAAAAGAUUGGAGACAUUAUGGAUCUGAAGGAGACAUUUCAGACUGUCCAGAGGCAUUGCAACCUAGAAGUGGGCAUGAAAGCUCCGUUCCUGCAUGAAGAACUUCCUCUUUCAGUGCAAAGCAUGGCCUUCUUACUUCUUAAAACCCCUGAGGCCAUCAUGGCCCAUGCUCAGACCCUGUAUGCUAUUGCACAGAAAGCUCGGAUCUCUGGUCAGCUUCUGACUGCUCGAAGAAACUUGACAGUCCUUGAGGGUCUUGGUCUACCUGUUGACUCAGAGAUCAGGAGCCUUGGAAAGUUGGAAGAAUUAAAAGUGUGCAGAAGUGAGGGAGACCUGGAGAGAGGACACCUGAUGCUUGCAUCAACAUUGAAGUCCUUGGAGAUGAAGCCAAUACUUCAUGCUGAGGCGUUAACUAUUUAUGCUGAAUGGAUGGCUGAAUCCUUCUUUGACACUCCGGAAGCUAUUCUCAGUCAACUGGAAACUGCCUGUAAGGUCCUAGAAGAGCAUAGUCAGGAAGCAGGUACCUGUGAACAGCUGGCUCGUGCCCACUUCAUCAUGGCCAAGGUGGCUGAUGCUCAACUAAAGCAACUUGAUGAACUCAUCCAGUCACCUGAUUUCAAGUUGAAGCAGGAAGCAGUUGCUGAAGGUCGACGAAAGGCAUCUGAGCUGCAGAGAGGAUCCUUGACUUCAAAAGAGCACAUCAAAGCCUAUAAUACCAUGGUGAAGACUGCUGAUCUCAUUCAGCUGGAGAUUAAUGCUCGCCAGAAUGAGCAGAAUUCAAUGCACCUUCUUGCCAUCACCCACUAUCUCAAGUGUCUUAAGCUCAGUGACUCCUUUAUGGCUUCCACUUACAGGUUAGCAUCUCUAUGGCUGCGAGGACAAGGCAAGGCAGAAGUGAACACUGUGAUAGCCAAGGCACUUCUGGGUCUCCCAUCCUACAAGUUUGUUCCACUUCUGCCACAGCUUACAGCACAUCUCACCCCUCUAUCUUCCUGCAAUCGAUCUGACCACCCAUUCCUUCAAAAUCUCUAUAAUCUGAUUGAGUCAUGUGCAUUGGAGCAUCCUCACCACACACUCCCCCUCAUCUUUGCUCUUGUCAAUGCUCCCAAAGAUGCAAUUGACAACAAUCCCUCACCAGCUGUUACUGAAAGGGCAGCAGGUGGGGAGGAAUUUCUUCAGCGACUUUUUAAGUCCAAAGGAAAUGUAAGAGUGGGACUGAGGGAGCACAUUCAGGAAAUGGAGAUGAUGUGCAGUGCCUACCUUCACUUUGCCAAUACUGAGUACAAAGACUGCAAAAACAAGUCUUUGACAGUGAAGAUUCCAAGGGAAACAGCUUUGUUAAAGCUGAAUGAAUUGAAACAUGCAGCUUUAUUGACCAUGUCUAUCCCCAUAAACAAGAGUGGGCGCUAUGACCAUGUUCCCCGCCUCCUGGCUGUCCAAUCUGAAUUGGCCUUUGUUGGAGGAAUCAAUGCUCCCAAGCGCAUCUUCUGCCGGGCCUCCAAUGGACAUCUCUAUUCCCAGCUCUUGAAAGGCCAAGAUGAGGUGCUUCAGGAUGCUGUCAUGCAACAGGUCUUUUGCGUCAUUAAUGAGCUCUUCUCUGCAUCCCAGUCCCCACUCCACAUCAGGACCUACAAGGUCCUCAUGUUGGCCCAGAGAAGUGGAGUCAUUGAAUGGUGUGACAAUACCCAGCCAGUCUCCCUUUAUCUGAUAGGAAGAGAUGAGAUUUCAGGGGCACAUGCUCGAUACAAUCCAAGCGACAUCACUGCCAAGGAUUGCCGCAACAAGCUGAAUAUGGUAAGCCAGAAAUCAGCUGGAGAGCGUUUGAAGACCUUCUUGGACAUCUGCUCCCAAUUCCACCCUGUUUUCCGUCACUUCUUUCUGGAGAAAUUCCCAGAAGCAUCUCAUUGGUAUGAGAAAAGAUUGGCAUAUGUACGGAGUGUGGCAGCUACCUCAAUUGUUGGUUACAUUCUUGGCAUUGGGGAUAGACAUCCUUCAAACAUCCUAAUUGACAACAACACAGCAGAGUUCAUUCAUAUUGACUUGGGUGUUGCAUUUGAACAGGGUCGUCUGCUUCCCACACCAGAGACAGUCCCCUUCCGACUCACUCGGGAUGUUGUUGAUGGAAUGGGAAUCACUGGAAUUGAAGGUGUUUUUCGAAGGUCUUGUGAGCGAUGCCUGAUGGUGCUAAGAGAGAAUCGUGAUGUGAUUCUUCCUGUUUUGGAAGUGCUUCUCUAUGAUCCUUUGUAUUUAUGGACAUUGACUCCAUCCAAAGCCAAGAAAAUUCAGCGCAGGACAACAUCUUCUGAUAUUGAUUCUUCCCAAGCCUCUACAACUGGGGAGCGAAAGCAUGUGAAGCAUGCAGAGGUGGUGCUUCUUCGCAUUCAGCACAAGCUUCAGGGAGUGGAGUUUGGUGGGGGAGGGCUAAGUGUGGAGGGCCAAGUCCAGCGCCUCAUUCAAGAUGCUCGCUCCCCACAUAAUCUUUCUCGACUCUACUUUGGAUGGAAGCCUUACCUCUAGGCCGACCUGUAUUAUGGUACCCUGGAAGCUCUUUCCAUCAUUCAUGUAUUAUGAGCAAUGGGAAACUCCCAUUCCAGCAUGCAGACCUCAGUUUUACCCAGG